AUGGAGCGGAUAUACCAGACCUUGGGCCUCGGCCCCGACAACUUCUCCAUAUCAGAGGAGGACUGGGUGGCGCGGAAGAUCCAGUCGUCUUCGGAUCUGCUCCCCAUGUCCAGAUUGUACCAGUUGGAUAGUCUGGAUAGCCCGAAACCCGACGAAUUGAGGGAAGUGGUGGCCGAGUUGUGCGAUAGAGUUGGGGAUGUUACUGUUACGGUGACUGAGUUGACUCGGGCUGACUCGGCCGGUCCAAGCGGAUUAUGUAAUGCUGCUGCUACUUCUACCACAGGCGGUGGUGUUUGUAUUGGGAUUAAGGGUGUACGGCCGCCGGUGCUUAAGCCUCCGCCGCCGAUGAGGGUUCCGGUGGUCGACAAUGGAUGCUCAACUUGGGACCUUUUGAGGGACUUCGCGCCGGAAUGCGAGGGAUACUCGGUCCAGAAGAGGCUUGAGUCUUCUUCUUCUUCUGCUUCUUGUUGUGGCGAUGAAGAAGAAGGAGAGGUUGGGGAGGAGGGUGCUGUGGAGGCUUGGGUCAGAGAGACUGUGCCCCUCUCAGAAGGGUGUUCGUUUACGACGUCGACGUCGAAUGACGACGACUCUUCUGGCACUACCACAGUCGCUCUGAAUGAGAGGUUUUUGCCCAAUGGGAGGCUUAAGCUUAAAAUCACUCACUGGGAAAAGGGUGAGCUUCUGGGUAGUGGGUCUUUCGGGUCUGUGUAUGAAGCAAUUUCUGAUUGCGGAUGCUUCAUUGCUGUGAAGGAAGUUUCCUUGCUGGAUAAAGGAAGUCAGGGGGUGCAAAGAGUUUAUCAACUUGAACAGGAUGAAUCAAACCUUUAUAUCUUUCUGGAGCUUGUAGCGAAAGGCUCCCUCCAGAAACUCUGUCAGAACUUUCGUCUUACAGAUUCUCAUGUCUCUGAAUACACAAGACAGAUGCUGCAGGGUCUGAAGUAUCUUCAUGACCGAAGAGUGAUUCACAGGGACAUCAAAUGCGCAAAUAUUUUGGUGCAUGCAAAUGGUUCUGUGAAGCUCGCAGAUUUUGGAUUGGCAAAGACUAUCCAGAUGAACGACAUCAAAUCUAGCCAGGGGACUGCAUACUGGAUGGCCCCUGAGGUUGUUAAUCGGAAACACCAGGGAUAUGGGCUUCCAGCGGAUAUAUGGAGCCUUGGAUGCACUGUAUUGGAGAUGUUAACCAGACGGAUUCCAUACCCUAAUCUUGAAUGGAUGCAGGCAUUAUUUAAGAUUGGAAAGGGAGAGCCCCCUCCGGUUCCUGAUUCUCUUUCAAAAGAUGCACAAGAUUUCAUCCAUCGAUGCCUACAAGUUAAUCCAGCGAAUCGUCCUACUGCUGCUCAGCUCUUAAAUCAUCCAUUUCUUAAUAGACCCCUUACGACAUCUUCUGGGUCAGGGUCUCCUUACCAUCACCCUGGGCCGAGUUGA